AUGCCACCACUCCAGGGGGGCAGCGGGAGCGAGAAGCAAUGCUCUGGAGAAGAUCCCGCUGCCUCCUCCAACACGGGGCAACCAGGCUCUCUGGUCGGGAAGGCCCCUGGGGGCGGGUGCCUGUCAGCUGUGGGAGGGCAAGUGCUGGUCCUGAGCUGCCCAGGCGAGCCGCCCCCCGUCGUCGUCACCUUCCCCGGCCCCAUCCUCAGCUCCUUCCCCCAGCAAGCCGUGGUGGGCUCCUCCGGAGCACCCGCCUUCGGGGGCUCCCUGGGGCUGGGGGGCCUCUACGGCGCCGGGGCCACGCUGGGCUCGGGGGGCCUCUGCACCUUUGGCAGACCCUACGCUUCCCCUGCCUGCAGCCCUUGCGCCUUGCCCCGCUACAGCAAGAAGCUGUGGGACACCUGCGGGCCCUGCUAG